UAUUUUAUCUCAAAUCUUUCAGUUCUUUUGUUUGCAUGGGUUACGCCCCAACGCCCCCUUUUCCGACGUAAACAUAAGAGGCGAGGAGAUGGAUAACUUUACCGAGGCAGAAUCGUCAAGAAAGGCCGGAAUGGGUGAAGAGGAAACCAAAAAAGAGGAGGACUCGGACGAUUCAGGGGAAGAAGGCGAGGGGGCAGCUGGGGUGCCCGAAGAAGAGGCCCCAAAGGAGGAGGAGCCCUCUGGACAAGACGACUCUGAAUGGAGCCAGCAGCACAGAGAGGAAGUGCACCUAGAGGUCCUUCAAAUCAAAGCAGAAGCAAAUAAACAAUUCAAAGAAGGUCUCUGGGAAGAUGCAGCAGCCGGCUACGGCCGAGGUCUCCAGCUAUGUCCACGCUCGAUGGCCAAGGACUUGGCGAUCCUGCAUGCCAAUAGGGCAGCUGCCCUUCUGAAGGUGGCCCUCGUGGACGAGGCCAUCAAGGACUGCGACAAGGCUGUUGAAUUGGACCCCAAGUAUGUGAGGGCGUUUGCAAGAAGGGCGGGGGCCUACGAGACCAAGGAAAAGCUGGACGAAGCCCUUGAAGACUGGAAACAGGUCCUCGAAAUCGACCCUGACCACAGAGAGGCCAGAGCAGCUAUCCAUAGGCUUCCAGGAGAAAUAAAUGAGAGGAAUGAGAAACUAAAAGCAGAUAUGAUCGACAAACUGAAGGGUUUGGGUGACAUGAUUCUUCGUCCAUUCAACUUGUCCACAAACAAUUUUAAACUGACUCCAAAUGAGGCUGGUGGAUAUUCUGUCCAGUUCGAAAAGUGACUGCAGUUCCUUUUUUCUUCACAAACAUUCGCAUAAUUAUGUACACACAAAUUGGCCUCGAAUUUUGCCCUUGUGGUUAUGUCGUGGCCCAAGGCAAACUCAUUGGAGUGGGGUUCUGCAGAUAGGACAUGACCACAGAGGAUAUGGACAGCAUAAAACUGGAGAGGAUCUGCUUUGUAUCGUCGUUGACCUUCGAGUUGGCAAAGCUGAUGCACGAGCAAUACAGAGCCACCCAGGCGCACCAUUUUAGCUGUAAUCAAAUUGAAUUUGUAAGAGGCCAAUUUUGUUAUUCAUUUUGCCAACAAAUAAAAUAUCUAAUAAGUCA